AUGGACCUGAUAGCCCUUGAUAAUGAUUACCAUUUGGUCCAGUUCAGAUCAAUCGACAAUCUGGAAUUUGCAAUGUACGAAGGCCCUUGGUUGGUGCUGGAUCACUAUUUGAUAGUGAAACCUUGGGAGCCGGAUUUCGACCCAAUGAACGACACUAUGGAGAAAGUACUUGUCUGGCUAAGAAUCCCGUGUAUCCCUAUGGAGUAUUAUGAUUAUAUCUUCCUCAGGAAACUCGGGAAUCGGAUUGGGCGGACUGUGCGAGUUGAUCAGGCCACUAGCUUGGUAUCUCGGGGAAAAUUUGCCCGGAUCUGCGUAGAGAUUGACAUGAGGAAGCCGCUCAUCUCCAAAUUCACUUAUGAACGCAAAGUCCGACACGUAGCAUACAAAGGUGUACACCUGGUAUAUUUUUCUUGUGGCUUCUAUGGGCAUGCAAAGGAGGUUUGCCCACGGCUUCGCAGGUCAGAAGUAGAUCUUGAACAGGCUGUAAAGGGAGAGGACGCACAUGAUCACAAUGAUCAGAAUCCGGCAAAUGCUGUCCAGGCACCCGUCAUCUCGAAAGACGCUAGGGGAAGGCCAUCGGCGGCGACCAAUGCCCAGAACCAGCGACAAGUAAGUGGUCAUUUGAAGGGUGCUGAAGCGAGGAAUGGAGUGGUGGCACUAGUUUCUCGAUUCGCGCCGUUAAAUACUGGAGACAAUGAGGACGCUAUGGAGGAGGUGGUGCUCGGGAAAUAA